CAUGGCGGAUGGCUCAACAGAGCUUGACGUAAAUCUAGAAGUACUGUUCUCAAUUUCAGAGCAAGAGUCGUCCGCAGCCUGUUACCAGCCGGAUGAACAUUCUGAGAAAGGAAAUCGACCAAAAGCUGUGGACUUCAAGCUAACUUCAGAGAAUUGUUUCUUGUGUGAACUUGAGCAUAAUAGUCCAGAAUUUGGACCUUACUGCGCUGUUUGUCACGACUUCUUGUAUCCAAAUGCACCGCUUGUGCUCGGAACAGAAACUGAGGACUCACAUUUAGCAGCUUCUUGCGAAAGUGUAUCAUCACAAUCAGCAACAUGUGAUAGUAGUGAAACAAUAAUCAGUUCCGGAGGAAGCGCAGAAUCGGAAGAUCCUGAGGAUAGUGGGUGCGAAAGUGAAAACGAAACGAAACUGUCACCGGAAAACAGCGAACGUCCUUUAAACCCUUCCUCGAUGUCACUAAGUAAACUACCAUAUUUAUCACUUUAUGAACAUAUUAGACCACAGAACUUCAUCGCAGAGCGGCUUGCGAAUGAGCUGAGCUUUGUCGAGGAGGAUUUGUUUGGAAAGUUACCACCAGAAAUGCUGCUGAUAAUAUUUUCCUUUUUGGAUGAUAUAUCUUUAUGUAUGGUGGGGCAAGUCUGUCAAUGGUGGCAGGAACUGGCUGGAGAACAUAAUGAAUGGGAGAAACAUGUUCGCACCAGAUGGCCAUUGUUGCCAUGUGACAAACAGAGUUCUGUCAAAUCCUGGCAGAAACUCUACAUGAAGCUGUUACAAAGUGUUGCUUGUAGAAGGUGUUUUGAACAGGGAUGUGUUCAGCAUUCUCCAGAAGAUAACCUCAUAAACUCAUGGAGGAAUAAAAGGUUGAAAAGUGAACUGAGAGGAAUUCUUAUGGAUCCUCCAGAGGGCAUCAGGGCACGCCCAUUAGACAACAGUUUAUCAUAUUGGCAAGCAUCAAUAAAGGGUCCACCUAACUGUCCUUAUGAAGGAGGCCUUUUCUUCCUUCACUUGGAAAUACCAAAGAGUUAUCCAAUGAGGCCACCAAUUCCCAGAUUCAUCACAAAAAUUUUUCAUCCAAACAUUAGUUACCAUGGUGACAUAGGAGUGGAUAUGCUUGGACAAAACUGGAGUCUUGCAUUGACUAUUCCAAAGGUCCUAGUCAGUAUACAGUCUCUCCUGACAGAUCCUAAUUGUCAUAUAUGCAUGGAGUCUGACAUUGCUCAGUUAUAUGAGAAUGACAGAGAACAAUUUGACAGAGUAGCAAGGGAAUGGACCAUCAAAUAUGCACAGCUGCAUAUGUCUUGUUGACUUAACCCUUUAACCCCCAAGAUCUCAUUAGUAAUUCUCCUUACUAUCUGGUAUAUAGUUCUUGUGAUGUUAGUUUGGAGAAUUUGGUAUUGGAUCAACUAAUAAUCUCCCUAAUUGAUAUUUUUCUUUAUUCUCAUCACUUGUGUGCUUGAUAUUGUAUUGAUGUUGGCUUGACAUUGUAAGGAGAAAUUCUGGUCAUAUGGGAGUUAAAGCGUUAAAAGACAACAAUGCUCAGAUCUGUUGAGGAUUUGUUUUACUAAAUGAAUUUUACUGAGGAGAGAGUAAGUAAACAUUUCAAGUUUGGCUUUUACAAAGUGAUAAGUGCUUUUUGUGUAGUAUUUCCAAAAUAAGUCACUACAAUUUAUUUUCUCACCCCAAUUUUGGACAUAAAUUCAAACUAGUUGGAUUUUAAGAGACCUUUUGAAGCUACAGAAUUCUCAUAGAGAGAAUUGUCCAUGUCACUUUAAGCUUAGUGUCACAUUGACCUAUCCUAGUUUCAGGUUUCAACCUCUUGGAACACAGUAUUCCCUGACUUACAGUCAAGUGUUUUAAAUUUUUAAAAUUCUUUUUAUGGAAAUUAAUUUGGACAGCCUUGUUUUUAAUCAAAGUUACAUUCAGUUUGAUGCACUGUAUUUAAAUGGGAAAUACUACAAAAAAAAUGUGCUUAGCGCAAGACUUUUUACUCUCUGUCUGCUAAAAGUUAAACAGAAUACUAUUUACUAUAACAAUAAUGCUUUUUAAUCAUCUUCCUCAAAAUCAGACAGCAAAUUCUCCCAUCAUACAAGCAUACAUUCUAUGAAAGGCUGUUUGAAAAGAACUGGUAUGAGGGAAAUAUCCUUGGGAUUGUAUCUCCUCACAAGUGUUAUAAAAUUGUGACAAUACUUUGUGAAAUUAUCACUCCGAGAGUGAAAGAGUUAAAUAGGGUGGUUUCUGUUGCAUUGAAGUCAGUCAAAAAGCGAGAUUUGAUUUUCUUAUUUAAAAGAAAGGGGAAACAUAUUUUAAUAAACAUUAGUUGAUAAUCAUACAUACAAAUGUACUUUAAAAGCAGUAACUCCAACAUUUCUUAUUGGAUUGGAGGCUGUAGACAGCCAUUUAGGUGUGUAGCACUGAUCUGGCUAUAAACAAGCUUGAGCUGAAUGAUUUUUCACUAAAUGCAAUCAAAAUUUUAUUGAACUUUGGUGCAUAUGAUACAGACUAAAGCAACCUGUGGUUCAGUAUAUAUAUAAUAAAUUGUUGUCAGGGAUCCUUUACAGAAGUGGUUAAGGUACUUAAACCUGUGUAAUUACUUUGCCUAAUUUCUGUAUCCAGCUUUUUGUUUAAUAACCUUAGAGCA